AUGGAGAAAGAUUUGAAAAAGCGUGAAAAAGAAAAGGAAUCGUCUGAAGGUUCUGGAUCUGAACCAGAUGAGGAAUAUGAUAGUAGUGCUGCUGCUUCUGUUUCUGAUGAUUUAAUGGAUGGAGGAGGGGAAACUGAAAAGACAACAAAAAAGAGUGAAAAGAAGAAAAAAGAGAAGAAAGAAAAAAAGGAGAAAGUAUCUAAAAAAGGAGGUGGCGAAAAGAAUGAUAAGAAGGAAAAGAAGAAGAAGAAAGAUCCGAAUGCUCCAAAAAGAAAUCAGACAGCCUUCUUUUUAUGGCAAACAGAAAAUCGUUCAAAAAUUAAAAAAGAGGGUGAUACAAUUGCUGAGACUGCUACUAGGGCUGGUCAAAUGUGGAAGGAAAUGAGUGCUGAAGAUAAACAACCUUAUGAACAAAAAGCUAAGGAAGACAAGGAACGCUAUGAGCGUGAAAUGAAAAUUUAUAAAGACAAAAAACAAAAAUCGGAUGAAGAAAGUAAUAAUGAAGAUGAUGAACCUUCAACUAGUGCAAAGGCAACGAAGGCUUCUUCAAAACCGUCUUCAAAACCAUCAACAACAAAAUCAUCAACAAAAAAUUCUAGCCCAAUUAAAAAGCCAAUCUCAAAAGAAUUUGUUGAUGAUUCGACUGAUUCUUCUUCAAUUUCUGAUUGA